AUGUCUCCAGCUACAACGGUUGUCCAACCUGUCCCCGAGGCCGAACUGCGCGCCUGGGGCGAGACUAUCAGAAAGCCUGAAGUUUCCUUGGUUUCCCGUGCUCAGGCCAUGUGGGGCCUUAGACACGCUAAGGAACCCCUGGCAGCCCAGUUACUAGCCGACUACAUUGUCCAGGUGGUGCCGCCUUCCCCCGGCGCGAACGCUCUCCUUCAACACGAAGCUGCAUAUUGUCUAGGCCAGAAGGGCGACGUCACUUCAAUAGAUGCCCUGGAACGCGUGAUCCGGAACCCUUGUCAUGAGCCAAUUGUCCGGCACGAGGCUGGGGAAGCACUAGCCGCCAUUGCUGGGCGACCUGGCGCUGAUGUGGUGCGUAUUCGCGCCAUCCUCUCCGACUUUGUCGGCAGUUCCAUUGUGGAAGUGAGUGUGCAUAAACCCUCAUGUAUCCUCCUUUCAAUAGUUUGGAGAAGCUUUAGCCGGUGACUUUGCUGCUUCUACCUCUGACUUUUUUACUGCAUUAUGUUGCUAAUUGCCAUUGACUAUUCGAUACCGACAUUCCCACAGUUGUUUACAGUAAGUUGCUUGUCCUACGGUAUCUAUGCGUACUUCAUAUCAGAAGCCUCUGGUACUUAAGACGAUUUGCGUACAGAAGACAACGUUGGGAUGAGAUUGCAGUGAUAUGUUAAGUAACUUGACCGCCAGAAUGUUACCACGCACACAGCUGAAAACGACGUCGUUUUUGAGGUCAGUCGUGAAAGUAUCUUUGGACAGCGAACUUCGAGGAGGUUGAAGUCGCUUAGUUAACAAAGUAGUAGCCUAUAGCGGAUGCAUGUUCGACAGGCAUUACCGGCGAGGGAGGGGGAUCUGGGGUGACCGCUUCUGAUUUACACGCCACCACCUGCCAGUCAUGCCCUGCUACCUGACUGUCUUCAUGUUGCUUGUACUGCAUGCAGCCUCUGCUAUACUUACUGUUCAUUAGCAUUUUCGGUCGGAUCUUAUUUCGUAGCCGCGCCUACAGUAGACAAGCCCCAGCCGCCUGUCAUACUAGAUUGGUGGUAAUAGGGGGUUUAACACUAAUUCCUAAAAGGUACGGCUACGAAAUAAGAUCUUACCGCAUUUCAUUGCGGACGGGCCUCUACAAACCACCGCGUAUGUCUGCUUAAGCCCUCAAAGGCAUCUCUUGUGUUAAAGUAAGGUUGUAUUUAUUUGACCUAACUGUGAGAAACUCGAUGUCUCGGAGGGAUCCGAACCGAUGACAUCAAGGGGAGGCCUUAGUACAGCCAACGCUCUAGCCACCGGAGCUACGAUGUCCCACCGGGACACGUGACUUUAGUCACAUUUGGGUCAAUUUACCCGCCCAUCCUGGUAGUCACCCGGUGGAUUCUAGGCGGAUUAAUUAGGAAAUCCUGCUUGGACAGUCAGCCUACUGUAUCAGAUUGUAUAGAUUCCAGACGUUUAGUAGGUUGGGCGGGUAACUUGACCCAAAUGUGAUUAAGCUCACGUCUCCUGGCAGGACUCGUAGCUCAGACUGCUAGAGCGUUGACUGUACUAAAGCCUCCCCUUGAUGUCAGGGGUUCGAAUCUCACCGAGGCGUCGAGUUUUUCACAGUUGGGUUGAAAUGAAUUAUUCAAAAUUUACCAAAGCAUCUGUUAAGGUUGUAUUGUCAAGCACUUUGGCAUUUUGGAACCUAACUGCAAGUCAGCUAUGAUUAGGAAACAUACUUAGUAAAUGCCCACUGUCGCCAUGUCACAGUAACGUCAUUGGGCUUUGCGGCAUUUUAUAAGACAAUGGGUUCGAGCUGGAAUCCGAAACGUCAGGCGAAUAAAGCUCUUGUCUCAGCGAUCGUGCCUCCUUCUUCAUGGUCGGGAUCGCCAGUGGAGGUGACUAAAUUCUUCAAGACUUCUGCAAAUUGCGUGACUUUUAGAUGCACCCUUCUGAACGGGACGACAGAAACCUCGGGGAAACAUACCCGUCUGUUAGUCCGGCUGCGGACAAUCCGGUGCUUCCAGGAGCGGCGGGUUGUACAACGGCAUUAAGCAAAGGGCAGCCGCGAAGUAAGCGGACCUCGGGCCUGACAAACAAGGAGCCGUGGACUUCGUCAGAAUUUUAGCAGGCAUACCUAAAACUGAUUUUUUUGCUUUCCUUAUGCUCCUUGUUGAUAAAAGGGUCCUUUUCUCGAAUCAGAAUGUGUCUUGUUUUGCUUUCCAAUCAUCGCAAUCUACCUGUAAGUACUCUAAUGCCUUUCACAUCAACGCUAUCGCUACAUUAAUUGCGAGACAGCAUCGCUGUGCUCCUGUUGCAUAGUAUCCUUUUAUAUCUGUCACUUACAUUUUAACGAUUUAAUUGGUACGACUUGAGAUGAUGUUCCCUGUUUUACCCCCAAAAACAGCUAUCAGAGACCUGUGAGGUGGGUCUUGGCCGGCUUGACUGGCUUGCCAUGGGCCAACAUAUGGACUCGACUGCAGCUCUUGCUGAGGCCCGCUUCCCCAAUACCGUGGACCCUGCACCGGCCUUUCCCACUAUCUCCGCAGCAAAUGGCGACGUAACCGGUAGCCGCUCCAUCUCUGAACUGAGGAGCAUUCUACUCAACCCGGAGGAGAAACUCUUUUCUCGCUAUCAGGCUCUCUUCAGUCUACGCAACGCUAGCCUCAUGCCGGACGCGGCUUUUGACGUCAAGCGCAUGCAAGAGAUCAUCGAGGCCCUGUCGGCGGCCCUCGCAGCGCCCGGUUCCGCUUUAUUGCGUCAUGAAGUGGCUUUCAUCUUAGGUCAAUUGAGUCUCACAAAAACGGGCGGCUCGCUGCUCGCGUGUUUAGAGAGCGGGUCUGCAGAGCACCCAAUGGUGCGUCACGAGGCCGCCAUGGCUCUUGGUGAGGUGGUCGGUGCCGCCGAGGACGAUGUUGGAAAUGAGAGCGGACCAAAUGCUGACUUUGUGCAGCGCGCCCGUGCUGCCCUGCAAGCCGGCCUUAACGAUCCCGAGCCGGUAGUGCGCGAUUCCUGUGCCCUGGCUCUUGAUAUGGCCGACUAUGUGGUUUCUACUGACAGAUUCCAGUAUGCUACCGUGCCGGCCGCCUCCGCCCUCCUCUCAUCUUGUUAA